UAACACUAGUUUAGAAUCCUUAUAUAGUUUUCCGAUAAUCAAAGAAAAAUAUUUACUCUCAGUUUAUUAACCAAAACUACUUCUAGAAGACUUGAUGAUUAAAUAAAAGAUAUAAUCAUUAAUGGAACUUUGUACUAAUUUGAUCAGAAUGUUGAGAAGAAAUUUGAUUUGAGUUUUGUUAUAUUUUUGUUGUUUUAAAACCACAUGCAAAAUUUAGAAACAAAAAUCUAUACUAUUAUAUUUCUAAACGUAACGGAUGGCGAUUGCGAUUGCGAAAGGGUUCUGUAGAUCUUGAGAUGCUGGUUCGCUCGAUUCUGGCGGAGGGAGAGAGGGUCUCUCACUCUUGUCCUGUUUGUUGGUCUCGUGGCUGGAGUGGUACUCCUUCUUCGGGUUUGAAUAAGAUCCCUGCUGAAUGGUUGGGAUUGGAUUUCUUAAAGGAAAAUCGGGAAUUGAUGGGUCUUAAUUCUGUGCGGUUGUCGGAUCUCAAGGAGAUUAAUAUUUUGAUUCGGUCUCUGGGUGAGAUCCUGUCCACGCUGUUUUGGCCUUCGUCACGGGAUUUGUGGUCUCUUUGGUUGGCGAUAUCUCCAUUGGGUUUUGGGAGGCGGAUUUCCUUCUCUUUCUUCUAUGGUAAGUCUCAAGGGUACGAUUUGGGAAGUAAGAUUCAAAUGGAUUUUGUUGCUUUGAGGUUACGAUUGGAUUUGAUAUGGUUCGUGUUUGGUAUCUUCUUGAUUCGAUUUGUUUUCUUUUACGAUUUGAGGAUGGUUGUUAAAGUAUUUAGGUGUGGGUUUGGGUUUUGUUUACGCACUACCUCUCUCACGUUUAUCUCUUGGUUUUCUCUUGGGCGUCUUUACUCACUCAGUUUUUUCUGUGUUCUUUUUGUGGUGGGUUCUCACGGUUUCGGUCGAAAGCGAGUUAUGGCUCAAUUAGCUUUCAGCAAGAGUAAGUCCUCGAUGGUUUGUACUGAUACGGUGACGAUCUCCAACUCUGUCUUGGCUCAGAGAAUUCAGCAGUUCUCGAUGACCCUGAUCGGUAGGCUGAUGAAUCCGGCUUGUCAAAACAUGGAGUCUCUGAUUGCUAACUUUCCAAAGAUCUGGAAAUUGGAGGAAAAGGUUGUGGGAGCAGACCUUGGUCAAGGUGUCUUCCAAUUUAAUUUUGAGGAAGAAGAGGAUAUCUUGUCUGUUCUUCAGAAUGGACCAUAUCACUUUGAUAGUUGGAUGGUCUCUCUUGUGCGAUGGGAGCCAGUUAUCUCCUCCUCCUAUCCCUCGGCGAUAAAUUUCUGGGUUAAGGUAUCAGGGAUACCUAUGCAUUUGUGGGAGGUGGCAACUUUGGAAGCUAUUGGUAAGAAGCUUGGGAAGAUUCAAGAGGUUGAUGAGGAGACUGGUAGCCUCUGCGUUUCAGUUAAUGGGUUUAACCCUUUGAUUUUUAAAAUGGUGGUGCCUUUUGCUUCAAGUGAUGAAAUCGUCGUGUCAUUGGAGUAUGAGAAACUGACGGGUGUUUGUGAUCAUUGCUCGCGGAUCACUCACGAUGCGAAAGUUUGUCCUGGGAUUCUCAAGUCUGGUUCGGGUCAAGUUAUGGAUGAGAAGAUGGAUAACAGGGGUGGUCAAAGGCAAACUCUUCCAGUCAAGCAAGAGCAACAUCGUAACAUAGGGGGUUGGGAAAAGCCUCGAAAACAUGCUAAGAGGGCUCUUGACUUUCAAUCUGUGGAUAAUGGCGAGCAAGGAUACUUUCCCCAGCAACGUUAUGGUGGAGGUGGUCCUUAUGGUCCUAGACAACAUGAGCACCCCCAUGGUCCGGCUUGGGGUCAGCGAAGGAAUUACGGUGAAGUUGUUACCCGUGAGGAGGGGUCUCGUCGCGGCACCCAAACGGGAUUUGGAGAAUCAUCGGGGAAGGCCUUUGGGUUUCAUCUAAAUAGGAAGUCUGUUGGGCUGGCUUGGCCUAAACCUUUGUUCAAGGUGAAACAGGCAUCGGCUGAGAAGCAGGCUCCUCCGAGUAUUGAUCUCAGUUUAGGUGCUUCCGGUAAUCGUGUUUCACAAGGGGUUGGAGAUCAGGAGGGAAGCGGUUUUAAGGGGGACUCCGGGGGACACUUAGCGAUGGAUUUUGAGGUUGAAACUGAUGACCUUCUUGAGGAUGGUGAGUUUGAUGACACUGCUAAGGGUGUUAACAAAGAUGUCCAGAUUGAAGCCGGCUCAACAGUUCAGGGUCUUGCGGUACAUUCAAGUCAGGGACCUGAUUUACAAGGUGAUCAAGGGUCGGAGACUCAGGUUGACUCUGAGGGUGAUCCGCAAGGUGAUGGGAAUAUUCAGAGGCAGUUAGGGAAACCGAAUAAAGGGAGUGGCAAACCUUCGGAUGGGGGUACUACAAGUAAGAAAGGGAUGGGGGCUCUCCCGAAACCGCCGGCUAGAACGUGAAGAUUUUGAGCUGGAACUGUCAGGGCAUUGGGGUUGAUCUGACAGAGGGAUAUUUGGGAGAUUUAUGGAAGCAGCAUAAACCGGAUAUUUUAUUUUUAUCAGAAACUAAAAAAAGUUUUUCCUAUUUACAAAAAUUCCAGAAGAAGUUUGGUUAUAACAAUUUGUAUUCUGUUGACCCCCUUGGUUUUAGGGGUGGGUUAGCUUUAUUUUUUAUGGAUGAAAUAAAACUAUCUAUUUUAUAUGAGAGUGAUCGUAUUAUUGA